UUAUCAUACUUUGCGACCAUUGCAAAAUUAAGAAAAGACAUGUGCGUCGAAUAUUUAUACAAGUAUAAGUUGCUGUUGUAGCAAUUGGAUAUUCGAGUAAAAAUGCAUUUUGGUUAAUUAUUGUAAAAGGGACGUCCCUGUUUGUUCAUUCAUAUUUGGAGUAUGUUAAUACAUGAACGUUUAAACGCAAGAUACCAAUAACAUCAGCUGUUUUUAAAUCAUGUGUGUUAGCUGAAAUCGAUAUAAACUAUUCAAUGCAGGGUACCACCUCUAUACAAAAAUCGUGACGUUUGAACAAUAUGAAAGGCUAUAAUUAGAGCUUAACCAGAUCUACCCGUUCGCGGUAUAGCUUCGGUAUUGUGAAAAUACAGACGGUUGAUUUUUUUUACUUGAUUCUUAAGUCUAACUGGGUUAACACUUUAUGCAUAAAUCGGAUGUUAAUAUGCGACCACAAAGGAUGUAUGGAAUUUAGUUCAUGUAGUGUUAGUGACUUUUUUACUACAUACACGGAAAAGGCGAAAAUAACAGCUAUGAUCAGAUUCAUAUAACAUUCUUUCUUCUUACUUGUUCAGCCUAUAGGAAAAUACCGAUUUGAAUAAUAUAACAUGAAAAGGAGUAAAGCGGAACACCUUAUUGGAUGGCUAGCGCUGUCGCUUAUCACUCUUGGCCACGCCACACCGCCAAACGCCAAACCGCCACACGCCACACCGCCCAACUCACAGGUUCAGCUGACAAUUAAGGCAUCCGGCGGUGCCCGCAUACCGGGGCAACCCCUGACCCUGAAAUGCAGCAUCCUCAAUGCGGAUGAAGAGUUGCUAGAUUCGCUAGACGAAGCUCCUUUCAAUUGGUAUCUAAACGGCACGCUGGUGAAUGACUCAACUGGCUACCAUAUUAAUAGUUUAAAUACCGGUUGGACGACCUUGGAUAUCACGAUGCUGAGUCAACGUGAUAUUGGGCAGUUCGUUUGCGCCAUUGAAGUCCCGGACACCCAAGGAGAGGCUCACUACAGAACUCACUUUGAUGUUAACUUUGACCCUGUAGUGAGCAUAGAGCCCAGUGACCAGGAUGUUGGGAAAGACGUGACUUUCUCAUGUUCCAUACACACUGGAAAGAAUUCAGAGCUAGACUGGUUCUUUACAAACAUUUCUGGAGGGGUGCUGACUUCAACCCAAUACAAGAAGAAAUACAACCAUAGGCAAAAGCUUGAUUCUGGAAUUAUCAUGAUGGAUCUAAUAGCAGUAAGACAGGAACAAGCUGGCAUUUACACGUGCUACAGGGAUGAUGAUCUUGAACGGAGCUCAAACAAGACCCUUACAGUUCAAGUUAUGCUCUUGGAAGUCAAUUGUAAGACACCCAUUCAAGUGUGGGAAGGAAGUGAUGUCAUAAUCCAGUGUGACAUUAUGACUGACAUCAACAUCAGUAUUAGGGACUGCAAUUUCCUUAUAGAUGAGAAGACAAUUAUCCCAAGAAUCAAUACCAGUCUAGAGAAGUGGGACAAAUGGUGGAGGUUGACAAUCACCAUCACAAAGGUUCCAAUACAAGUUGACCAGAAGAUCCUCCGCGUCUUUGUCCGCAAUGUCUCGUACGAUGUCCGAUUGACUGUUGGUCACAAACCAUGCUCAGAGUGUGAGGUCAACAAACACUGUGUUUCAGACCGCUGCAUUUGCAAGCCGGGAUUUAUUCCCAAUCUUGAUGUUUGUUUACCUGGGAAUGUCAAAGGAGCUGCAGACAGAGCUGAGGAUAGCAAAAAGAUGCCACCAUUGGCCCAUAAAGCAGCAGUAUCUAUACCCACAGUUGUAGGCUCGACGCUGGGGGCAUUAGGCGUUGUACUUGUGGCACUGAUUAUCUUCGUUUGUUACAGAAGGAUGAGAAAAAAACAUAAACUUAAGAUGCAGGCCCCUAACGUCCAUUACACUGACCCCAGCUAUAUGUACCAGUACGAGUAUCACUCUGAGGCUAACCUGAUCAAAGACAACCCAACUGUUCACAACCAGGGCUAUGAGACCGCACCCAAGAGAAGUGUACGCAAAGAGAACACCUACAUUAGCAUGAAGACAGAUAAGCUAGAGUUUCCUCGCGAGAAUCUGCAGCUAGGGGUUGACCUGGGUCAAGGUCGCUUUGGAAAGGUCAUACAGGCACAAGCCAUGAACAUUACGGGCUCCUGCAACUGGGAACGUGUUGCUGUGAAAACUUGCAGAGGCACAGCCACAGACACUGAGAAGCAGGACUUGUACUCAGAGCUGGAGAUAAUGAGGAAGAUACCCACCCACCCCAAUGUUGUGGGGCUCUAUGGAUGCUGUUCCAAAAUUGAACCACUGUAUAUAAUCCUGGAGUAUGUCCAGCGAGGCAGUUUGAUGGACUAUCUACGAAGAUGUCGCCCCAGUAGUCGGAUGUCCAACGGCAGCAUGCUUUCUAUGUCCAGUAGCUCUAGCUUCAUGCAGCCCCGUGCUAAAGACCUCACCAUAUUCGCGCUACAGAUAGCUAGAGGCAUGGCGCACAUUGCAUCCUGUGGUAUAAUUCACAGAGACCUGGCUGCUCGGAACGUAUUAUUGGCAACUGAUUUCACGUGUAAGAUCUGCGACUUCGGAUUGGCACGGGAUGUUGAGGGAAUCGACGUGUAUGAACGCACAUCCAAGGGCCCGUUGCCAAUUCGCUGGAUGGCCCCUGAGGCAUUGGCAGACAACAUGUACACUACAAAGAGUGACGUCUGGUCGUAUGGCAUUCUGCUGUGGGAAAUAGUGACCCUAGGUGCCACACCGUACUCAGGCAAGUCUGCCAUGGAGGUGAUGAGGUUAGUGAUGCAGGGACAAUACCUGCCCCGCCCCCUCCACUGCAAAGAGGAAAUGUACAUGCUGAUGGAGAAAUGUUGGUGUAAGCCCAACGAGCGGCCGAGUUUCGCAGACAUCGUGACGCACCACGAGGCACUGAUGGAUGAUGACUACAUCAUGCUGAGCGACUAUGAGGAAUCCGACUAUGGGUGGCUGGACUCUUACACCACAGACGAGCGAUUGUGAGUGCUAUUCCUCUGCCGAGGGAGAGAAUUAGAGCAGAAGUUUUGUAUCAGUGAAAGUAAAAACAAUAAAAGAGGAAAACACGCCCUUGUGUCGAGUUUGCGAUUGUGUCAGAAAUUUUGUUCCGUGUAUUUGUAAAAAUGGGAAUAGUUUUACUGAAUCUGAGACUUUGCAACACAUUUUUUGCCCUUUGGUAUUAAAAACUACCGGUAAUGAAAGUUCUGAAUAAGUUUUUUGAUGAAAUUUUAUAAGUUACAGCAUUAUUCAUAAUUUUUAGUGAAAGAGAAAGUCAAUACUAGAUUUAUACCAUCAGCAUUUUGUUCAGUGGAAAUUCAAAGCAUUCACUAUUAAAUAACUUAACAUUGAAAGUUUACACAGUCUGUAGUUAAAAAUGGCCAAUAUUGUGUUUUCAUAUUUUGUGCUUUAAAAUAUGUGUCAGAAUUCAAUUAGCCCUCGCAACAAAUUCCAUUCUCUCUUAUGAAGAACAAGAGUUUACCUGCUGGCAGAUGCAUAAUCAUUAGGAUUAACAUGACACUUCUUUAUAAAUAAAAAGAAUCAUUUAGCUUAGAAACAAAAUGAAGGACAAACUUUUUUCUCUUUGUAUUUGCAUAUUUGUCUGUGUAAAGGCAACAAAUGACUGAGGAGGGGUACAGUAGUUGUAAUGUUUUAAUACACACUAGGAAUGACUAUAUAAUUUGUCAUGUUUUUUUAAUAGUAUAAUAACAACUUAUUAAUUUUAACAUUCUACACAGGAAAAAUUGUGAUUGUUUGACUUGUUUUAAAUCAAUGGAGUGUUAAAUCCAUUUAGUGCUAAGAAUGAACAUGUGUAUCUGGGCAAAUUCAGUGGGUAUUGAUAAUCAACAUUUUGUCGAUAAAAAUAAGCUGGGAACCAAAUGGUUAUUUGAAAAAUAGUCAUUAUUCAUUGUAAUUUAAGCCUGCACAAGCUGACUCAUGGCUUUAAACCAUAAGCUUGGUAUUAUAGAAGUGUAUCGUUAAUUGUUUGACUAGUUAACAUACUGAAAGCAAGAGUUUUACUAUCGCUUUUAGAUGAUAAGUUUUAUAGGCGUUAGUAAUUAAAGUGUUUAUACGGGAUACUUUCAUCAAUGAAGGUCUGGUUUUCAAACACAUUUUACAGUGGAAACCUUGGUACUGCUUAUACUCAUGAUUUCUGCAAAGAGAUUAAGAGUAUUUGAAUAUUAUUUUUUCUUUCCUGGGCACUACUUGAUUUUUUUUUUAAAGAUCGUUUGACUGGCUGAUCAAACAUUCUUCAUUAUUUGUCCACAGAUGCUUUAAUUAUUAAUAAAUGUGACUGUUUCUACACCAGUUUACAUGUAGUCUUAAACUUGUGUUUUGUUUGCAUGCACUGUUAGUGGCUGUAAAUGAAUUAUGUAUGUCGAUUGUGGGCAAUAAGUGUUUAUCUGAUAUCUUAUGCAAUCAUAUAACUAUCUUAUACAAACUAGAAUUAUGAUCUGGUUUGUAUUGCAAAUAUCAGAUUCGUUGCAUACAAUAUUUUGUGUAUGAUGCUUAAAUAUUCAUAGAGCCUAUGAUCAUAAUUGAACCUAAAUAGAUGUGUACAACUUAGUGAGAUAAGAAAACAUAUUAAUUAUUUCUAUUUCCAAUGUGAGAGAACUCUUAAGAUCUCCUUCAAAGACAUCAAGUACUGGUUAUACCCAGGAAAAUGACUCAAUGACAUCUCAAUAAGCCUAAGGCUUUCCAUGCAAACAAAGCUAACAUAAAGAGGUUUAAUAUAAACAACAGUUUUGCUAAAUAAAAGUGAGUUGUUUACUGAUCAGUAUAUAAUCAGGUCUUAUGAGCACAAUUCACCGCCAUUAUUUUAUUUACUCAGUUCAAAUUUUGUAUCAUAGAAUAUUUACUUUAGAUUUAUGUACAUGUUUUAUUUGUGCUAUUGCAUAUUGAAAAUCAUUUAUUAUGUUUAAUAUUUUUUACACUUUUAUAUAUAUUAAAACAGAUGUUAUCAAUAUUUGUGGUUAUUGUUUUGAAUAUCUUGUGUCUCUUUGAAUAUUAUGCAUACAUGUAUUGAUACAAAAGAUAAUGCCAUCAUCAUAAUGGUUAUAUGAACAGUAAAACAUACUGUUAACAGUUAGUGAAUUUGAACUGAAUAAUUGUUAAUCAAUUAAAAUGCUUUAUUCUAAGAAGCUACAUUUGGAGCAGAAUAUUUGACUUGUUAAUCAUUUGUAAGUGUUGGUGUAAUAAAUUGUGUGUUACGUUUUAAUAAUGAAAUUAUUGUUCAUUAAAUGAAUUUAUUUUCCAUUCACAUCUUCAUAAAGGCGAGACCUAUGUUUGAAAGGCCAAUAGUUUUGUAUUGGAUAAGCAAUGUCUUGUAACUCCCAUGCCUCUGGAAGAUAUAUGUUGUGAUGUAGGCAAUCUCAAAAUAGCCCAGUAGGAGAAUGCUUUAUACACAGCUGAUUGGUGUGUAUGUAUACUGAAUUCGCUUUCAAGUUUUGUUGCUGGAUUGUUUUCUCUUAUGUUUAACCAUUACUUAUUAAUUCUAUACAGAUUACCACAUUAAGCAUUCAACUGUUUUUUUCGGCGUAGCUGUAUUGAGCCAGCUCCUCACCUUACCUGACCUUUGUAAGUGUCCAAUAAAAUUCAAAUAAAAUUUCCCGCGGCUAGGUACGAAUGAAUACACUUCAUUUAUUCCAUUGGCUGAUUUGAGUAUACCACCAGAACAUUGGAAACAUAUCCGCGUCUUUGUAACACUGUUUUACUGUAUGAAACAAUUUUAUCUCUAAUGAAGAGGCUUAAUAGAUAGAACAGUUUUACACUCAAUUCUUGACAUCAAUACAGUUUGUGCGUGCACCUUUUAUUUUCAGAGAAUUACCAGCGCAAAAGCGUUUUUACUUAAAUGUUCUUAUAUUUAGUACGUACUUCCAUAUUCCUGUCAACAUGUUAAUAUGUAAAAGUAUAAAGAACAAUGGAAGUGAGGCCUCACUUUAAGGCAUUGCAUUUCAACCCGCGAGUUUAUAUUUAGGUCAUCACCGGAGUUCGCGGCCAGUAAAAUAAUCAUUAUAUAAUAAAGACGCUAUCCGUGAACUAGGUGACCUGGAAUUUUCUUUAGACCAGAAAUAUGUGAAAUGAAGAUAUUCAGCAAUAUACUUGUGGUUUGUCAAUAAAAGAUUCUUAAUGUGUUUUCAACAAUACAAUGAUAAAUAUUAUUUUUGAUUAAUUUAAAAAUAAUUAUUCCACCAUAUUGACUAAUGUAUUAAGCAUGAGCGCAAUGAUUCUCGAUACUGUUAAUAAUCGAAUCAAAUAGCAAUGCCCGACAAACCACUAAAACAGGUUUGUUCGAAGAACGCGCCUAUAAAUACGGAUACUUCGCGUGUGGCCGGUUGACUCAUAUGUUUUAAUUUCACUUCCAUUCUUGUUUUGAUUUUCUGUUUUGUAUCUACAGGUUUAUGACCAGCAAUAUGUAAUAAUGUAAAAUAAGCCGCAAAAAACUCCGCAUAACAUCCCGUACUGCGUGUGAUGCAGCUAAGAACUGCACAGAAAAAGACUUAUUUUAAAUAAUGUUUAGUGAUACAAUGCUCCCUGAUGUAAUCAUAUUGAGAAUGGUGGCUUUUGGCAAGUCAACCUAUAGUCAAACUCAUGGUAUAUACAAUAUUAAAAUUAAAACACUAAAUAUAUUUGGUAACAAAUCUUAUAAAUACAUACCUGAUUCACCCAUAAAUACCAGUUAUGGUAUGUAUGGAGUCAGAUCUUUUAUAAGUGCUUGAAGUGUUGCAUGAUAUUAUAAUUUUGACUUCUAUUAUAAUUAUUGCUUAAAUACGUUCAUUUUAACUUAAUUUACGUGUGUGCACUCAAUUAUCACAGUUGUAGAAUAUAUUUUUUUUGCGAUAUAGUUGUUUAAAAUACUCUUGCAAAACAGAAUAAAAAACGUUCACAUAUGUGUGUGUGAGAGAGAGACAAAAGAAUGAUUUUUUAGUUUUGUGUCAGUUUUUGCAUUGUUUUAAACUUUGCAGAUGAUAAGUGCAUGGUACCUGUUACAUACAUUGUGAUACAUUUCUGUUUGAUGCAUUUAAGUGUGUGUCUCGUAGAAUUAAUAAUAUGCAUUUGUUUGUUUUGUAUAAGCAUACAAUUUAGUUCUGUGAUUAUAUUGUUUUCAUUUGGUUCUGUUUAGGUGGAAACAAAAUUAAGUUUUCAAGUUUUACAUUUUAAGUUUUCAAGUUUUACACCAAGUUUGUUUGACAAUUUCUGGUAGAUUCAUAGCUAACUUGAUAGAUUGAUAUCUGUUAUAGUUGGACCAUAUUUCUUUGUAUGCCAAUAAUUUUUAACCUUAAUAUAUUCCCUAAUCAUGUUAAUAGAUUUCUGUUAGUUAUGUCAAUAGUACACUAAACUUAUUUGUGUGUAGAAUUGAUUCACGUGUCACGUUUCGCCAUUCAUGUUGUAAUUUUCUGUCUGCAUAGGUUAAUUUGAUUAAAAUAUUUUAAGCUGCAA